CCACAGCCUCAGUCCCUUCCCAGAGGCUAUUAUCUCCCUAUGCCCAUGUCACCAUUCUUUCUAGGUGGCCAAUCAGAACUAAACUCAGAUUUUUCCACAUUGUUCCUUUGCCUGUCCCCACCCCAAACACACCCCAGGCUCACGUUGUCCCCAUGACUCCCUACACAAACACACAGACAAAGGGACGGGUGUGGGUGCUGCACUUUCUCCUUGUGGGCUCACGUUGGACCCUUCUACCCUAGUCAUGGCACGUCCUUCAUCUCCGGAGCCUCUGCUGCCGGACCCUACUGUCCAUUAUACUGGUUUCACCCCUCGUGGCCAACACAGGAUUCUUCAACAAAGUCCUUCCAUCACAGAGGCCAAGAUGGACAUGCUGAGAAAAGUGCAGCCCCCCUCAAAGACCAACGUAUCUAUCUGUCCCACCCCCGGGUACCUACUGUGGCUGGAAAUCAGUCGACUGCCCCCGCUCUUGCCACUGCGCCCCGACAAACCCUACGACAGUGCUGUGUGGAGGCAACUAACCGACACCCCCCAGGGUGCCUCGCCCACAGGUCCAAUACCGUCUCCCUCCCGAAUGGAGGACAACACAUGGCAGAAGUUUGUACUGUGCCGCAGCUCCUGGAAACAAGAGAGGGGAUCUCCAAGCCUGAGACUGCUCACCCAGUCUAGAGUGCCCCCUAUGGUUACUCAAGGAAACAUCUUUCCACCUAAGAGGAACGCUAAACAGAGGUCCAUAGAUGGAUUUGGUCCUUCAACGCUUGAUUCCAUCCCAGAGGCACCAGAUCUACCCAGCAACCUGCACCAACCGAAUAAACCCCACAAUAUCUCCCUUCUGGGAAACUCUCCUAAUAGGACAAUGAUCCUGCAGAGGUACAAGGAGCUGCAGGGCGCGGUGAGGAGUGUGGUGCCCAACAACAGCAGGAUGCCAACCCCUGGAGAGUUGCCCCAGGGUAUCGUAAGGUGACAAGCUGUGACAUAGAACAGAGGUCCCCAACCACCAGGCCGAGGACUGUGCUGAACCGGCCACCUCUGGUACCAAUUACCUUUGAUCCCAACUCCAUGACAACUACUAUGUGAAGCCCAGGGAGCUUUCUACUGAUCACCGUCUACAGCAGCGGGUCACAACCUGUGGGUCGGGACCCCCUUGGGGGUGGAAUUACACUUUCACAGGGGUGGCCUAAUACCAUAAAACACAUAUUCCCGAUGGUCUUAGGAAUAAUUUUAUGGUUGGGGGUCACCACAACAUGAGGAACUGUAUUAAGGGGUCACGGCAUUAGGGAGGUUGAGAACCACUGGUCUAGAACCCACAGUUAAGCUGAAGCAGACUUGAGGUACGGUAGUGGUUUGAGGCCCAUUGAUAUUCAGUAUGUGGUAAGGGCCCCCCCUUUUGCUCAGUUCCAAUCAUUUCUAGGGCAGGAAAUCAGUCUCCAGCCCAACGGAAGCCUAAUGGACCUUCCAGAAGUAUCUCUGUCCCUUACUUGUACCAUCAUGUGUGCCACUAAAAAGGUGUUGGGCUUCCAAAGCAGACCAAUUGCAUAGCAGCAUUCAAUUUUCCCCAUGAGCGGAAAGGUGUGUAACCAGUUGUAACCAAAAGGGGGUCUAGAAGAACAUCAAAUAUGUUACAAUCGGGUUUGGGAUGAUCAACUGGAGGAGCACGGGCCAAAGGGAGGACUUCUUGUGGCCCUCAAGCUUCUCAAGAGCUCCAGAGACUGCACAUGUGCGAGGCCUAUGCUACACUAGGAAGGCCUAACCAAUAGGGGCGCCACUUCGCUAGACACCCGGGUAACACUUAUGCCAACCUGAGCAGGUACAUGGGUGGUAAACUACAUAGACUGCACAGGGCAUUGAAUAAAGGCAAGGGGUGCCAGGGAAUGGGGGGGGCGUCUUGAUGAACUUGAUGGACUUAUGCCUUUUUCAACCUAACUUACUAUGUUACUAUGUCUCUCUGAAAAGGAAAGGACCCUGGAUUUGUGUAUUUUAUAAAGGCAUACUGGGGUAAAAGCUGUAAAAUAGCCUAUUGGUCCAUUGUAUCGGCGUCAUUACAAUAUCAGUGAUGUCAUAGAUUUUA